AUGGUUGAAAACGUUCUGGACGAUAUCUCUCAUCGGAGAUUCAAUCCUCUUCGAGGAUCCUACAUUCUGGUCUCCCCGCAUCGGACCAAGCGCCCCUGGCAAGGACAGCAGGAGAGCCCCUCUAAAACUACCUUGCCAACCUACGACCCCGCUUGCUAUCUUUGCCCCGGAAACAAGCGCGCGCAGGGCGAUACCAACCCCAAGUAUGAGAAAACGUUCGUCUUCGUAAACGACUACAGUGCGGUAAAGGAAGAACAAGCGCCGUACUACACCCCUGAAGGUGGCGAGGACCUUGAAUCAUUCUUCCUCAAGGCGGAGCCUGUCACCGGUAAAUGCUAUGUGCUUACCUUCUCUGCGGCCCACAACCUCACCUUGGCCGAUCUUUCGCCUGCCGAGAUCGCGCCUGUCAUUGACGCUUGGACCGAGAUUUACACUGCCCAUUUGUCCCCAAAGUCGCCAUUGGCUGCUGUAGCUCCAGCGACCACUCUGCCUCCUAACUCCCCGACUGCUAGCUUGACCAAGCCUAAGGAGCAGUAUCGCUACAUGCAGAUCUUCGAGAACAAGGGUGCCGCCAUGGGGUGCUCAAACCCUCACCCUCACGGUCAGGUCUGGACUACCAGCUCUUUGCCCGAAGAACCGGCUAUGGAACUCGAGCAGCUGAAGAAGUACCGCCGGGAGAAUGGUGGCAAGCACAUGUUGGAAGCUUAUGCUGCUCUCGAAAGCCGGAAACAGGAGCGCGUGGUAUUUGAGAACGAUGCCUUCCUAGUUGUCUGCCCCUGGUGGGCUGUUUGGCCUUUUGAGACCAUGAUUGUCAGCAAGACCCACAAGCGCGCCCUGGUCGAUCUAAAUAGCAGCGAAAAGGUGCAGCUGGCGGAAGCCAUUGCCGAAGUCACCAGACGUUACGACAACUUGUUCGGAACGCAUUUCCCGUACAGCAUGGGUAUCCACCAAGCACCGCUUGACGGAACAGAGGAGGAAAUCGAGUCGUCAUAUCUUCACCUUCACUUCUAUCCCCCGCUAUUGCGCAGCGCCACUGUGCGCAAAUUCUUGGUCGGGUAUGAAAUGAUGGGCGAGCCCCAGCGUGACAUUACACCCGAGCAAGCGGCCGCGAGGUUGCGAGGCUGCGGAGGAGAGCUCUACAGGAAGAAGAUGGACUAA